GAGGUUGUCCGCUUCUACGAAGACAAUCGCGAGGAUUGCCCGAUGUGGGCGGUGAAUUGGGCCGCUUGCCAGGGUAAUCUAAAGGUCGUGGAGUUCCUCUGCGAUAAAUCGGCCCCUUACUCAACAGAUGCGAUGGACUUAGCUGCGGAACAAGGCAAGCUAGAGGUCGUCCAAUAUCUGCAUGGUCGGGAGAAGCAUCGGAGAGACGAGGACAAGGUGGGGUGCACAACGGAUGCUAUGGACGAAGCUGCUGCCAACGGCCACUACAAGGUUGUGAAGUUUCUUCAAGAAGAGCGCACCGAAGGAUGCACCUCAAGGGCUCUGGACAGAGCUGCUGCUAAUGGUCAUUAUGAUGUGGUGGACUAUCUUGUUCAAGUUGGAAAGCCGUGUACGACAGAUGCGGUGGAUGAUGCUGCCGCCGAGGGUCAUCUGCGCAUCGUGGAAUAUCUUCUUCAUCGCGAAAAACCAUACACGCAAGCUGCUCUAGAUUGGUCUGCCGCCAUCGGUCAUCGGGCGGGCAUUGUGCAAGAUUUUCUUUCGCAAGGUCUACGCUGUACGCAGUAUGCAAUUGACAAAGCUGCCGCCCACGGCCAUGAGGAGGUAGUCAGAGCUCUUCAUCGGAAAAAUGCAAGUUUUUCGCCUGAAGCGAUGGACAAAGCUGCCACCAGAGGUCAUGUUGGAGUAGUGAAAUUUCUUCUUCGCCACAAGCAACCUUGCACUGAGAAGGCGAUAGACGAAGCUGCUGCUAAUGGUUGCGUGGAGGUGGUGAGGUGGAGAAUAAACCACAUACGCAGAAAACCCUGCUCUUUUCAAGCUGUGAGUCGGGCUGCGUCCAAUGAACACUCCGCUACAGUGCGAUUUCGGAUGAAGAACCGCAGCGAGGGAUUUACACGCGAUGCUUUGGAUGUCGCUGCAGCGAAAGGAUACCUUGAUAUUGCGAAGUUCUUGUACAACCAUUCAUCCAACAAUCACGAUGUAGGCUGCAUCUGCACCAACAAAACCAUGGCAAAUGCUGCUCAGACAGGCAAACUCCACGUUGUGAAGUGGCUCGUCGAGAACAACAAGCCCUGUGGACGAUCCGCAAUGGUCAAGGCUGCUGAAAAUGGGCACAUCGAAGUUGUGCAGUAUCUCGUUGAGCAGGGGAAAGAGUACACGACGGAUGCAAUGGAUUACGCCGCUGGAAAUGGUAUGCUGGGAACUAUACAGUGGUUUCACAAGAUGGGGAUGUCGUGUACAACCAAGGCGUUGGAUAAGGCCGCGGAGUGCAAUCAUCUGAACGUCAUUGAAUGGCUC